GCGACAGGAGCCACGGCGCGCUAGGGUUCCUCCGGCCACCGCACAGCUGGCACUGCGGCCCUCCAUGUGCGGCUGGCGCCUUUGACAGCAGCGCCACUUUGCUUCCGACCCCCGAUCCGGGCGCUGCCUACCUAUUUGGCGCGGGCACGGCCGCGUCGCCCGGCGGGAUGGGCGGCGAGGCGAGGUCCGCGGAGGCCGUGAGCUCCGAGGGUCGCGUGAAGAGCCUGGGUCUGGUGUUCGAGGACGAGCGCAAGGGCUGCUACUCGAGCGGCGAGACAGUGGCUGGGCAUGUGUUGCUGGAGGCGGCCGAGCCGGUGGCCCUCCGCGCGCUGCGCCUGGAGGCCCAUGGACGCGCCACUGCCGCCUGGGGCCCCAGCGCCGGCUCCGCAGCCCCGGCCUCCGUCUCGGAGGUGGAGUACCUGAAUGUGCGCCUGAACCUGCGCGAGGCCCCAGCCGGUGAAGGCGCCCUCUCCCUACCACCCGGCAAACACGAAUUCCCCUUCAGCUUCCAGCUGCCGUCUGAUCUCCUAGUCACGUCGUUCACCGGGAAGUACGGAAGGAUCCAGUACUGCGUGCGGGCGGUGUUGGAGCGGCCCCGGCUGCCGGCCCAGAGCGUGCAGCGGGAACUCCAGGUGGUCGGUCACAUCGACGUCAACACGCCAGCACUGUUAACGCCUGUGUUGAAAACUCAAGAGAAGAUGGUGGGCUGCUGGUUGUUCACCUCCGGCCCAGUCUCGCUGAGUGCCAAAAUCGAGAGAAAGGGCUACUGCAAUGGAGAAGCUAUUCCCAUCUACGCAGAAAUAGAGAACUGCUCCUCCCGACUGGUGGUCCCCAAAGCUGCCAUCUUCCAGACGCAGACGUAUCUGGCCAGCGGGAAGACCAAGACCGUCCGGCAGGCGGUGGCCCACGUGCGUGGGAACCACAUCGCGUCCGGGAGCACCGACACCUGGAACGGGAAGAUGCUGAAGAUCCCGCCCGUCGCGCCGUCCAUCCUGGACUGCUGCAUCCUCAGAGUGGACUACUCCUUAGCUGUGUACAUUCACAUUCCUGGUGCUAAGAAGCUGAUGCUGGAGCUGCCCUUAGUGAUCGGCACAAUCCCAUACCACGGCUUUGUGAGCAGGAACUGCAGCAUGACCAGCCAGUUCAGCGUGGACAUGAGCUGGUGGGCCCUGGCGCUGCCCGAGCAGCCGGAAGCGCCCCCGGAAUACGCAGACGUGGUGUCAGAGGAGGCGCUCUCCAGGCACGACCCCCCCCACCCCGCGCUGCCCAGCUGGGGGCCAGAGGCACACUGCCCCGCCUUCGCCUGCAUUCCGGACUUCCGCUUCCAGCCUCCCCCUCUCUACUCAGAGGUCGACCCGCAUCCUAGCAACACGGACGAGACCCCCCAGCCCGUCUCCUUCAUUCUGUGAACGCGUCUCGGAAACCACUGUGAUCGUCCCCCCAGGGAGGACGCCGGCUCUCGUCCCCUGCCUUCUGGGCAAGCGGGAGGGAAGAUUCGCUUAAAGGACCCCAACGAACAUCAGCACCAAGAAAUUAAAGAGUACGUGGACUGCCCGGCAGGCUGGCAGGAUUGUUGCCCGGGUGUGUGGUGGGGCCGCGUGUCCCCUUUGGAGAUCGGCAGCCCGUGGACGUCGCAGAGCGGAGCGGGAGCCCCGAUGGGGACAGAGUAAGAGGAGGGGCCCGAGCUGACCGCAUUCUGUGUGCGCAGAAGAAGCACACUACGCAAGGGCUCUCAGGGCGGAGCAAAGGCAACCCGGGAGCCCUGGGAGGGGGCCUGACUAUGGGGAAGUUGGGGUGUGCAGGGGCAGAGGAAGGCUGAGUCCGAACGCCGACUGAGACCCCCCGGGGGCUGGGGGCCGCUGGUCCCCUCCCCCACACAUCCCGCAGGCCUGUGGUCCGUGGAAGACCAGUUCCUGAGACCAUGGUGGUUGGAGGCCCUCAGGAAGGGAUUGGGUUUCCACUCUUUCUGGGCCCAUUCAAAACAGUUGAGACAUUGGGGGUCCAAUAUUACGAACCCAAGAAAGGGUCCCUUGAAAGGCAUGUGAGUGCAAAGGGGAAAGGUGAAUUCCCACACGGGGACACCUCUUGUCAGAGGCUGUGAUUUCUACCCUCUUGAGUACUUGAACAGGACUCGUGUGUGACUGUCCUCACACCCUAUUUACCUAAGAGCAUCCUGGACAGAGAAGGGGACAGGUGCGUCCUUGGGAUGCCGCGGCACCUACACAGGAAGGCGCACCAAGGGCUCGUUCUCACCUACCUCCGGCGGGCGAUCGGACUCGUUUUCAGACUCGGUCUGAUGGGUCUCGGGGGCGGGGGGCCCCGGCCCUCGGCAGGGGCGCCUAGGGCUCGCCUGUCACUGCGUCUGGAACCGAACCCCAGGGAGCCCCUGCACGGUUGGCAGGAGACGGGAGUUAACGCAGGUAAACCAAAGGCAUCUCAAAAGAAACGCAACACUGAUUCAGAGGGUAGAAAUGACGUUUUUUGAAAAGGCGCUCGGACUGGGUUCGUGCCAGGAGACUCGCGUCCCCCGAGGGCGGGCCCUGCCCGGUGCCUCCUCAGUCCCAUUCCUUAGUCAUGCUCUGGAAACUGUGAUUCUAUUGUUCUGGUGCAAUAUUUUAUUAGCAUUUAACCUCAGGCUGUUGAGGCCAACGAGAUGAUGUUGCUGCCGAGAGUCCGAGGAGCUGUUUCUCCUGCCGCCUCUGCUCUGCUGGCGUGGGAGCUGAGAGCACUUCUGCACGGGGGGCAGGCGAGGCAGGGGUGCCUGUGGUGGGUGGGUGGGGAUCGGGGACCCCCUGAGGGCUUCCUCUGACGGAGAAACCCUGGUGCUUCCCAGGGGAACACUUCAGUUCACUCAGCAGAACGGUACCUUCAGUGAGAAAGAAAAAUUCUUCCAAGGUGAAAUGUGGUCUUUAAAAAUGAGUCCGCCACUAGGUGAUCCGAUGAUCGGGGAUUUUUCUUCGAACGGGAGGUGUGAGUGGGCAUGUCUCAGCCCGCUGGGCACGCCUCUCUCCUCUGUGGUACGUCGGCGUCACACACGUGUCUCAGCGUAAGCCGCCGUUUAAGGUCGAUGCUGACGCUCAAGGUACCAAAACUGCCACCAAACCGUCCCCUGCCUUGGUCUUUGAUUUUCCUUGUUUUGGUGUGUGUCUUAAAACAGGUGUGUGUACUGACCACUCCGUCCAAACCGUUUUUACUUUUAAAAAGAUCCUCUUCCCCUAUUGGCUGACUUCUAAUUAGUUGGUACGACUCAUGAGAGACACCGUCCAUCCCCAGGACGGGAAGACAGAGUGAGGGCGUGUGUGGCAGAACAGAGGGGUGUUGGGGGGGGAGAGAAAGUCUGUUUAGCUCCAGGUAGAAAAGCAAGUACUUCCUGCCAUCCUUCACUGGGCUUGCUUCAUCAGCUUUAUCAGUGGGGUCAGGACGUGAACAGGAAGCGGAAGCAAAGCCGAUGGACGUUGUAUUUCUUAAGGGAACAGCAGAGUCAGUUGGCCUUACUGAAUUCCCACCGGCGUAUCUGACCUCCGGCCGUGGGCUGCAGCCCCCACACACACCUUUUCUCGAUCACGAAGUUGUGUCUCGAGAAUGCAGCCAGUUCCGCAUGGGAACAGAACACUUGGACAUGAAGGUCAAAAUCUAGCUGCUGCAUUUGCUUCUCUAGUCCUUUGUGUCGUUUGCAAACAAACUGUGGCCUUAGAACUUUCUUUUCGAUGCAAAAAAAAAAAAUGCCGAAAUUGAAAAUGUGCAGCUUUUGGCACCCAACAUCCUUCCGUGGGCAGAACUCACUGAUUUUCGUUGCGUUUUGCACAGUAAGAAACUCCAUAGGCAGGGGUUAUGUUUUCCAUAAGUGGACCAUGAAAGCUUUUUUUAAUUUUUUUUUAUUGAAAAUGUAACAAUGCACAGGGGAAACAAAGAUUGUAUUUUGUACUCUUGUUUGAACCCUAUGGGUUCCUUUUAUUAAUAAACCGAUCCCACUGAGA